AUGCAGAAGGAAAUGAAGAUGGUCAAAGACGAGGGUGUGCAUUUCAGUUUGGGUGCGAAGAGGGCCCCCUCCUUCCCCCACGGCCUGCAGCCAGUGGUUUCCCGAGGUAGAGCUCCUCCAAGACACCCCUUCCCGGAAGCUCUCCGGGGGCCGUUUUCCCAGUUCCGGUAUGAGCCUCCUCCAGGAGGCCUAGACGGAUUCCCGGGGGUCUUUGAAGGAGGAGGGUCUCGCAAACGGAAGAGCAUGCCCACCAAGAUGCCCUGUAACCAGCCCUCGGAAGAAGCCGCUCUUGCCCUGCACCCGGAGAGCAAGAACCCCGGGCCCCCGGAACUCCGCCUGCUCUUCCCGCCGCCGCCGCCGCCGCCGCCGCCGCCGCCGCCGCCGCCGCCGCCACGGCCCAAGUACGACUCGCGGAUGAUCGACCUGUGCAACGUGGGCUUUCAGUUCUACCGCAGCCUGGAGCACCUGGGGGGCAAGGCCGUCAAGCAGGAGCCCGUGAGGCCCAGCGCCACGUGGCCCACGCCCCCUCCGUUCCUGCCCACGCCCUACCCCUAUUACCCCAAAGUGCCCCCGGGCCUCGUGUUCCCCUUCUUCGUGCCUUCGGCCUCGCCCUUCCCCUUCAGCCGGCACACCUUCCUGCCCAAGCGGCCCCCGGAGCCGCUGCUGCCCCGCAAAGCCGAGCCGCGGGAGAGCGAGGAGACCAAGCAGAAGGUGGAGAGGGUGGACGUGAACGUGCAGAUCGACGACAGCUACUACGUGGACGUGGGCGGCGCGCAGAAGCGCUGGCAGUGCCCCACCUGCGAGAAGUCCUACACCUCCAAGUACAACCUGGUGACCCACAUCCUGGGCCACAGCGGCAUCAAGCCGCACGCGUGCAGCCGCUGCGGGAAGCUCUUCAAGCAGCUCAGCCACCUGCACACGCACAUGCUGACCCACCAGGGCACGCGGCCCCACAAAUGCCAGGUGUGCCACAAGGCCUUCACCCAGACCAGCCACCUGAAGCGCCACAUGAUGCAGCACAGCGAGGUGAAGCCGCACAACUGCCGCGUGUGCGGCCGGGGCUUCGCCUACCCCAGCGAGCUCAAGGCCCACGAGGCCAAGCACGCCAGUGGGCGGGAGAACAUCUGCGUGGAGUGCGGCCUCGACUUCCCCACCCUGGCCCAGCUGAAGAGGCACCUCACCACGCACCGCGGCCCCAUCCAGUACAGCUGCUCCGAAUGCGACAAGACCUUUCAGUACCCGAGUCAGCUGCAGAACCACAUGAUGAAGCACAAGGACAUCCGGCCCUACAUCUGCUCCGAGUGUGGCAUGGAGUUCGUGCAGCCCCACCACCUCAAGCAGCACUCCCUCACGCACAAGGGCGUGAAGGAGCACAAAUGCGGGAUCUGCGGGCGGGAGUUCACUCUGCUGGCCAACAUGAAGAGACACGUGCUAAUCCACACCAACAUCCGCGCCUACCAGUGUCACCUGUGCUACAAGAGUUUCGUGCAGAAACAGACCCUCAAGGCGCACAUGAUCGUCCACUCAGAUGUGAAGCCCUUCAAAUGCAAGCUGUGUGGGAAGGAAUUCAACCGGAUGCACAACCUAAUGGGCCACAUGCACCUGCACUCUGACAGCAAACCCUUCAAGUGCCUCUACUGCCCCAGCAAGUUCACCCUGAAGGGGAACCUGACACGCCACAUGAAAGUGAAGCAUGGGGUCAUGGAGCGGGGCCUCCACUCUCAAGGUUUUGGAAGGGGGAGAGUUGCCGGGGCGCAGACGGCGGGGGGCCUGAGGAGCCUGCAGCAGGAGGAACCCUUCGACCUGUCCCAGAGGCGCCGGGCCAAGGGGCCGGCCUUCCAGCCGGACGCGGAGAGCGCCAGGGGCAGCUCCUGCCACGAGGAGGACGACGACGACAACUGCUGCGAGGCGGGGCGGGACAGCCCGGGCCUCGGCCCCCGCAGCCCGCCGCUCUGCGCGCCGCAGGACCUGUCCGCCAAGGCCGAGUCGGGCCCCAGGGCGGAGGCGCAGGCAGGGGAGGACACGCCGCAAGGGGACCUCCAGCCGAGGAGCCGGGCCAGCCCUGGGCCCGAGGGCGGCCGGGAGAGAGAGUUUGCCCGCAGAGACGAGUGUCCUGGCCUCCUCCGGGCCCUGCAGAGCGCUCGGCGGGGCCCCUCCUUUUCUGAUUACUUGUACUUCAAGCACAGAGAUGAGAGUUUAAAAGAAUUACUGGAGAGGAAAAUGGAAAACCAAGCAGUGCUUUUAGGGAUCUAA